AAGCGACGCGUUGGCGGCGGUGACGUCUCGGCGGCGGCCGGGGGGGAGCACGGAGCCAUGGCGGCGGCCCCGCUGACGGCCCCGGGCGGCUCCGGGCCGGCGGCGGCGGCGGCUGUGGGGGCGGCAACGGCAGGAGGGGGACGAGGAGGCCGCGGGCCGGCCCUACGCGAAGGCGCCCGGGUGUCGGCGCUCUGCCUGGCUUGGUACGGGCUGAGCGCCGGCGGUAACGUGGUGAACAAGCUGCUGCUCGGCGGCUUCCCCCGGCCCGUCACCGUCUCCCUCUUCCACAUCCUGGGGCUCUGCGGCCUCCUGCCGCCGCUUCUGAGGGCCUGGCGGGUGCCGCCGGCCGGCCCGGCCCAGCUGCCGCCCCGCGCCUACCCCCGCUACAUCCUGCCCCUGGCUUUCGGCAAGUAUUUCGCCUCCGUCUCGGCCCACGUCUCGCUCUGGAGGGUGCCGGUGUCCUACGCGCACACAGUAAAAGCGACGAUGCCAAUAUGGGUGGUUCUUCUUUCCCGGAUCAUUAUGAAGGAAAAGCAGACGACGAAGGUAUACUUGUCUCUGAUCCCCAUAAUAACUGGGGUCCUGUUGGCCACAGUCACCGAACUUUCCUUUGACAUGUGGGGACUCAUCAGUGCACUUGCUGCUACUCUGUGCUUUUCACUUCAGAAUAUCUUCUCAAAGAAGGUGUUAAGAGAUUCCCGAAUACAUCAUCUUCGGUUGCUGAACAUACUUGGGUGCCAUGCUGUGUUCUUCAUGAUCCCAACAUGGGUUUUGGUUGAUCUUUCUUCCUUCUUAGUAGAGAAUGACUUGAGCACGAUGUCUCAUUGGUCCUGGACCUUGAUGCUACUUAUAAUCAGUGGAUUCUGUAAUUUUGCCCAGAAUGUCAUUGCCUUCAGUAUUCUCAAUCUGAUCAGCCCGCUAAGUUACUCCGUUGCAAAUGCCACCAAAAGAAUAAUGGUCAUCACCGUGUCCCUUAUAAUGCUUCGCAAUCCAGUUACUAGCACCAAUGUUCUUGGAAUGAUGACAGCUAUCCUAGGGGUCUUCUUAUACAACAAGACAAAAUACGAUGCAAACCAAGAAGCAAAGAAGCAGCUACUUCCAGUUACGACUGGAGACCUUGUGAAUUUGGACCGGCAUCGAAACACUCCUGAAAAGUCUCAGAACGGACUUACGGCAUUUGCACAGCACGGAGACUAUCAGUAUGGGCGAACCAAUAUCUUAACAGAUCACUUCCAGUACAAUCGGCAAAACUAUCCAACUACCUACAACUUAAAUCGUUUUGAUAUUUAGAGUCCUGGCGCACAGGUAUAGACUGUGAUAUCAAAGUGUCCCCAACAUUAUCAGAAACUUUUAGUACAUCCAUGAAUGUAAAGCCAUUUUAUUGUACAGGUUUUGCAGAAGGGAAGAUGCAUGUGUAGUGGAAGUGGUACAGACCUUCAGCUUCUGCCGAGCAGAUCUUUAAAUGUGAAACAGCUAGAUCUGACACUGGAACGAAAUGCACAGUGUAGCUCCUGUACAGAAAGUCUGGUGAACUGCAGAUACAAAACAUCAGAGCAAAAUAUCUGGUGUCACUGCUCUUACUUGGAGUCUGUCAAUUGGGUAUUCUUUUGGCAGCUAAACUCUGGCCAGUACUUUGUUUCCACACUGAUAACGUAACCUUUAAUUUGUUCUCUAUUAUGUUUUAAUGAUGCUUAGGGGAAAAUUGCAACUAGGCACAUUUCUGAUUAUCAGAAUUUGUUGGUUUGGGAGGAUUGACGUAUGUAUAUCAGUUGCAGAUAAGUAGUCUUGAAUUCAUCUUGAGCAAACACAAAACUUGGUGUGGGUAUUAAUUAUUUCUAUGCCUAUACCUUCAGUUUUUGAUGACAAACCAGAAGUAUUUCUGAAAGAAUAGACAGUAGGAAGAUUGAUCCCUUCAAGAAGCAUAUUUCAAGCUUCAUAUUUAGAGAAACAGUUUUCUCUAAUAUCAUUAUUGUCCCAGUCGCUGUAGUUAACAGAGCUUAAGAUCCCCAUUGUUUUCUGAACAACAUAGUCCUGUAACUUCAUACAUAGGUCUUCCCUGGCAAUACGGAAAACACCUUGACAAAUAAAGUGUUUGGAAUAAUGUUAUUUUUUUAAACUUGCUUUACACCUCUUAUAAAAGUCUUGUCGGUUAGAAAUUGAAAGGCUUAAGGUGUUUUCUUCUCAGUUUUAUGCAUAACUUAUGCUUCCUUAUAUGAUUCAUAUAUUAUGAAUGCUUGCAUUUGAAUAAUCAUCAUUCUCAAGAAACAAUUAAGUCUUAUCUUUUUAGCCCCUAAUUGUUUUUUUUUAAAGUUUCUUAAUUACUGCAGUCGGAGCUGCUUUGUGCAUUUUGUCUGACUUCUAAUUUCAGCUGAAAGAAGUUACACUUUGUAUCCUUCUCUGUUCCUGCAACUCCCCUAGCUCAAUUAGUAAAUAGUUAAGAAAAAGAAUAUUUAAAUCAGCAGUAAAUAUAUAAUUAUGGGUAAUAAAAACUGAUUCAGUCGAUAUAAAUGAACAAAAUUCAAGACAAGUUGAUUUGAUUAUCAUGAAUUAGAGACUGCAUUUGUGCAUGAAAGGAAUGAAACCAGUUGAACUUUGGUUUCACUGAAUCAGAUUAUUAUUAAUACUUUAGCAAAAAAAAAAAAAAAAAGGUUUUAGGGGCCUUCUUUCCUUAACAGAAAAGCUGUUGUACAGUGAAAUUUUUGAUAGCAUAAAUAUUGUGUUUUUACUAGAGGUAUUAGAUACCAGUGACAACAUUUAGGGUGUGGUGCUGUACACAACACUCCCUCCACCUAUUUAUUGCUUUAAAAACGACCAUUUCCGUGAUAUGAGAUGAUGAUUUGACUCCUUUCUGGAUAAUAAAGAAUUUAUUUUUAAGGGCAAAGUCAACCUGAUCUUAUUCUUUUGGCUGACUAUGGAGGUAGUUAUGUAGAUUACCUCCCACAAUACAGUCCAAAAGAGGAAAUGGUCCAUCUGAAACUUCAGAGAUGGGUUAAAUAUGCUGCUAAUGUCCGUGAGCAGAACUUCUUGACUUGACUGGAGUUUAAUCUGUUCAUACUAGGUUAGAACAUGGGCUUUUAGUUUAUAAAAUGUGAAUAAAUUAUUUCCUAACCCCAAAUAACAAGGACAAGAUUAUGAGGAAAAGCAUUCUUUCGUAUGAAAUUGCUUUUGCCUAUUCCAGUAUUAAUUUAUGUAUAAUGAUUUCUUUUAAUACUGUAAAGAGCAACAUGUGUAUUUCUAAGGCUCACUUCCCAAUAUUUAAGCGCUGUUACAAAAAUGUAGAAAGAAUCAUGUGGACUCUGGAUUUGGAUUAGAUUCUGGCUCUGCACAAGUUUGAUUUGAGGAUGAAUGAAACGUUUAGGCUGAGACUUUUGAGAAGAACUGAGGUUGUUUGACUGCUUUCAGAGGAAGCUAGCUGGAAACUGUUAGACUCCUGCAAAUGCUGGUGUUCUUUGUGCCUCAGUUUCCCUCCUUCGGGGGGGUUGAAAUACCAGAAGACCGUAGCAGUGGGGGCCCCAGGGAUGUACAGACGUGCUGUGAGUUCAUCUGUAAAUUUUCUGGUCUGUCUACCACUGUAAUAUAUUCAUACAGCUUGGAACUGUUGGAAUAAAGCUCCACAUACCGUAUUCACAGAUCAGAGAUUUCAUUAAAUAUAUUUAGAUGGCUUGCUCUCUGAAGAACAUAACCAGAUCUUUUUGCAACUCUGUCAAGAGAGAGCUUGCAUGCACGCUUACUGUGGCAGGUCUUUAGCUCAGCUUUUUCUGUCAAGAGUAUGGUAGCAGGUGAGGGCUUUCUGUUGAAAUUACCUUGUCCCAAGUUCCAGCCUGGGCUCACGGCCUGACUUCGUCUCUGAAACAGAACUAUUGUACUUGCAGAGCAGAAAGGGGCUGACCCAAAAUAAGGGAUAUCACACCGGGCCCAGAGUGUGAAUCUCUGGGCUUCUUCCCUGGAGCCUGUCUGACAGUGUUCAUGCUCUUGUAGUUCAUGUCUGUGGUCAGCAGGGAUCAUUUUGCAUGGUACAAUGUAUAAUUAAAACGGUUGAGUGAAUCAGUUACAAGAGGUGGUUUUGCUGAGUACCUGAAUCCAAGUCCUUAAGCAAUAUUGCCCACAUUCAGGUAAAGGAAGUUUCUGAUAUUGUUGUAAUAUAUAUUUUAAUCUUGGACUGCUACAAGAUUUUGUUUGGCAAGGUGAAGCAUUUGUUUUAACAUGGUUUGUAAAUUAAUGACGUAUUUAUGUACAUAGGUCUGUAGAAAGUAUGGAAACACUGGAAUAAAAAGGGCAUACCUAGACAAUCGUGUAUAACGACCCUGUUAUUAAAGUGAAGGGGGUUGGUUUCAUUUUCUUUUUACUUGCAAGAAACUUUGGGAGUGCCAUACAUUAAUACUGGCCACAUACGAGCAAUCAGAUUAAUGUUUUGCUAAUAUGGGUGUGACACCUUACCGGAUGUUUACUAAGACUGAAACGAGCAUGAUUUGGAUGCCGUAACUAGUGUUAGGACACUAGUUGCUGGUACCCUUAGAAAUGUUUUGAUUUCCAUUGUGCAUUUCUAACAUAUGUAAAUACAUCAGAAAAUCGGGAAAUUUUUGCCAAAACAGUCCUGGAUAGUUUAGAAAUACCAGUGUGAAAGAAUUAAUCUCCCCCCACUGUGUGUGGGUUUUCUCUUGAUAACUCCUUAGAUCAUGUGGUGCUCUGAAGAUCUCUUGAAAGCAUUUCCCUUGCAGACUGAAUUUUAGUACCCAGUAGUGAUUAGAGUAUCUUUAUCAUCAGGUAAAAUGCUUGGGUGAUUUUUUUUUUUAAAUACCUGAAUGUUAAAUAAAUCAAAUUGAGGCAAUACUUAGGCUUUGUAGGAGUACACUGAUUUGUAAAAACAAGUGUUGGUAAUUUGGGGUCAAUUCAUGAUGAUUUCUAAACUCAAGACCUUUUCUUUCCAAUGUGUGUUCAAAGCCACAUUUUUCUGAUGUAGCAUUUUGCAGCAGAAGAAACUUCUGCCAUGUAGCUAUUUGUGGAAAAAGGUGCAAUAUAAAUAAAGGGAAAGUUUUGUUUUUCUAA